CCUUCAGUCACCCUGCCUCCCUCCCUCCCCCUGCCAGGGCUGCUGCUAUCGGAUCUGUGAUGAUAUGUGAUCUCCUGGAUACAAUCACACACACAAGUACCGGGCACCGCUGCUCAGCUGAGCAAAAUGUCUUUCUCUUAGAAGUGGUGCUCCUCACAGCUCUCAAAGCCUUGACGAUGUUGCCAUGCUUUCCUUUCUGCCUUCUGCCUUUUGCUCUCUUUGUCUGCCUGCUUUUCUUACCCGGGGGUCAUUUUUGCCCUGCUGUCUGUAGCUGUAUGGACUACCACACCAUAGACUGCCGGGAUCAAGGACUCCCAAGUGUUCCUAAUCCCUUUCCACUGGAUGUACGGAAACUUCUCAUAGCUGAUAACAACAUCCAGGCGAUACCAGCUGAUUUCUUUAUAUUUUAUGGAGAUCUAGUCUAUUUGGACUUCAGGAACAACUCCCUCACCUCUUUAGAAGAGGGCACUUUUAGCAGUUCUACCAAACUGGUGUAUUUAGACUUGAGCUACAAUAAUUUAACACAGCUUGAUGCUGGGAUAUUCAAAUCAGCAGAAAAACUGAUAAAAUUGAGCCUUGGAAACAAUAACCUGGUGGAUGUGGAUGAGGCUGCUUUUGAGAACCUGGAACAGCUCCAAGUGUUAGAAUUGAAUGACAAUAACUUACAAAGCCUCAAUGUGGCAGCCCUAGAAGCGCUUCCCUCCCUGCGGACUAUACGCUUAGAGGGCAACCCUUGGGUCUGUGACUGUGACUUUGCCAAUCUUUUCAGCUGGAUACAGGACAAUGCAUCUAAGCUCCAGAAAGGUCUCCAUGAGAUCCAGUGUUCCCUGCCUGUAGAAAACAGAAGAAUCUUUCUGAAUGAAUUAUCUGAGGUCAGCUUUAGUGAAUGCAAAUUUAGUUUGUCGUUGACGGACCUUUUUAUCAUCAUCUUCUCUGGAGUCGCAGUCUCCAUUGCUGCUAUUCUGUCAAGCUUCUUCUUAGCAACUCUAGUGCACUGCUUCCAAAGAUGUGCUCCCAGUAAAGAUGACGAUGAUGAUGAAGACAACAGUGAGGACUGAACUUAGUCUAUGUACUUAAGUUUCUUUGAUUGACAAAUUACUAAACCAUCAGCCAAAGUCUAGGAAGAAAGCAAGUAGAGUAAAAAGCUUUAAACCUGAAUUGAAUGAAAUCAGAAUGUGUAAGGAUCUCUUCCAGUCUCUUGAUGGUCACAGGUAGGAAUUGCAGCUGGCAGCUGAGACUGUUAGCUUUGCUCACACACCUAAGCUGAUGCAACCAGACCAAUUAAUUUCUAUGAUUCUUAAUCAAACACUGUAUUUAAAUUUGGAGAUUGGAGGGAAAAGGGCAGAAGGCAUAAUAGUAAUAAUAAAAAAGAAGUUCCAGCACCUUGAGAGAUUUAACUCACAGCUUCCAGGUUGUCCUCUGAUGAGAUGCUCUGAUGAGAUGCAGAUUCCUGUCUGUGCUUAACAGCUCGUUUCCAGACUCACUGUGAGAAGGACUGGCUGGGUGGAGGCAUUUCAGCUGGACACUACAGAAGCUAUUUAAAACAGUGCUCUUCCUAGAUCCAAGUCGUGGGAGAUUCUGUUAAGCUCACACAACUUUCUAAGUAACAAAAUGCAAUUAACACAAUUCCUGGAAUUGUAGACAGCACUAUAGGAAGGUUGGCAUUUUUUCUCUCUACUGACAUUGUCUAUAAAUACUCAUCCUCCAUUUAAUGACAGCAGUUGCAGGCAUCCUUCAGCCAAAAAAAAUAUGUCCCUUCUAUAAGCUGAUACAAUUCUAGGUCUGAGUCAUCCACUGCAGCUGCCUGGCACCAAUUUGGCCUGGCACAAAUACUAAAUUUAACAUUCUUUUGCAUUUUUAGAUGCAACAAAGUUAAGGAUUUCCCUUCCCUGUAAUGCUAGGCACAAGUAACUGAUGCAGCAUGCAGUCCAUUUAGUUAUCUUAAAACACUAAGGGCUAUAUUCUGCUCCUGGUUAUACUGGAGGAACACAGCUGAAGUGAACACCAGGAUCCAAAGUGGCAACUGUAUAAACAAGAGUGGAAUCUGGCCCAGGAUGUUUCUCACUGUAUUAUAGACUUGACAAAACUUGAGCUCUUUUACCAGUAGAUAUUUUUGUUAAAAUGAAGAGAAAAGAGAAAAAAAAAAAAAA